AUGAGCUGCCAGCUGUCGGUGAUCGCGGUUGUUCUGAUGAUGUACUUCGCCGGUGCCAUCGAAGAGACGGGUAACCCGUGCUUGAAUCGGAUCAACUGGUGUUCGCGAUGGGCAGUCGAUGGUUGGUGUCAGAGGAACCCGAGGUAUAUGCUGGUGCACUGUAAGCUUGCAUGCGGCGAAUGCACGGAGCUUGUUACGCGAACCACUUCAACAGAGACCGCAACAACUGAAGAGGUUUUCCAGAGCACUGCUGCGACAUCGACAACAACCACUGGGACAACGGAGGUCGCAGUCACCACGACCGCUAUGGCGACUACUCCAGAUUCAACUGCAUCAACAUCUACGGUCGAGGUUUUGGAAACCUCCGCUCCGGAGCCGGAGACAACUUCAGAGCAACUGUACACGACACAGCCAGCCGCGACAGAACCACCCACGACCUCUAAGCUGCAGCCACAAUGUGGAGAAUAUGUGGUGGAGGAGGAGCGAGACCUGGCCGGCAAGAUGUUACUCAAGUUUGCAGCGGCCAGUGCAGACGUCUGCUGCAGUGCUUGUGACGAGACGGCUGGGUGUGCGGGAUUUGCUUUCUUCAAGCAGAUGUGCUUCUUGAAGUCGAACCUCGAGGGCAGCUACUUCAAAGCGGGUUGCCAAGCCCGUGUCCGGAAAGUCCACGGCACUUGCAGUGGCUUCGAUGCUCCCCUGCAGGGCCUGGACUUAAGUGGAACUCUCAUCAAAGCCAUGUAUGCACCAGACUCUUCGGUCUGCUGCACAGCAUGCCAAUCCCAACACGGAUGUGAAGGCUUCUCCUACUUUCAGUCCUUCUGCUAUCUGAAGAGCAAUGUCCAUGGCACAUACCCCAAGACCGGAUGCUCUGUGAGGUUGCACUCCUCCCGACGGUUGAGUGCACAGGGCGAUCUCUUGGUCUGA